AUGAGGACCAGACCUGGGCGUGGGCAGGCUGGGCCACCCCGCUGCAGUUACCUGACGCGCGCCCAGGUCCGGACAGGAAAUGGCGGCUGUGGGCUGGCGGUGACAGACUCGGACCGGGGAGGGGCGGGGCCGAGGGUGGGCGAGGCCCGAGCUCCGCCGCCCCGCCCCCGCGCUCUAGUUCGGGAGCGCGCAGCCAAGUUUAGGGCCGGCUCGGGCUAG